AUGUCGAGCGCGCGGGAGGGCGGGGGAGCGGUCCCUCCCUCCGGCGGACGCGCGUCGGCGGCGGCAGCAGCGGCAGCAGCAGCAGCAGCUGCGGGAGGGCAGGAGGAGGCGGCGCCUGUGUCGGCGCUGGAGGUUGUGUCCUUCCUGGGGAAACUACUGUGCGCAGUCGCGGCGCUGAAGGCGGCUCUCUACCUGCUCCGCAGAGUCUGUCUAGCGAUGGCCUGGAAGUCAGGAGGCGCCAGUCACUCCGAGCUCAUCCACAACCUCCGCAAAAAUGGAAUAAUCAAAUCAGAUAAAGUAUUUGAAGUUAUGCUUGCAACAGACCGUAGCCACUAUGCAAAAUGCAACCCAUAUAUGGAUUCUCCUCAAUCAAUAGGAUUUCAAGCAACUAUCAGUGCUCCACAUAUGCAUGCAUAUGCUCUAGAACUCCUAUACGAACAGUUACAUGAAGGAGCCAAAGCCCUUGAUGUAGGAUCUGGAAGUGGUAUUCUUACUGCAUGUUUCGCGCGGAUGGUUGGCUCCAAAGGACAAGUUGUAGGAAUUGAUCAUAUUAAAGAACUAGUAGAUGACUCAAUAAAUAAUGUCAAAAAGGAUGAUCCUCUAUUGCUGACUUCAGGAAGAGUGAAACUGAUUGUGGGGGAUGGAAGAAUGGGAAAUCUGGACGAAGCUCCAUAUGAUGCUAUUCAUGUAGGAGCUGCUGCACCAGUUGUGCCACAAGCACUUAUAGAUCAAUUAAAGCCUGGAGGAAGAUUAAUAUUACCUGUUGGCCCUGCUGGAGGAAACCAGAUGCUGGAACAGUACGAUAAGCUAGAAGAUGGCAGUGUCAAAAUGAAACCUCUGAUGGGAGUGAUAUACGUGCCUUUAACAGAUAAGGAGAAGCAGUGGUCCAGGUGGAAGUGAUUUUCUGUUCGACUUUCUUCUUCCACAUACUUACAUAUACAAGGGAUGAAAUGUAAAAGCUGUGUCAUCUGACCCAAAUAUAGUGUUAACAGUGGACUGCUCAUCUCCAGUUCUUCAAAGCUUUUUCAGAACCAACAGCAUUGCAGCUUGUUUUGGACUUUGUUACACUGUUAUCAGCAUGGAAAAGUGUGGUAUUUUUUAUUUUGUAGAGGUUUAAUGCAAGUUUGAUAAUGAACUGAUGGAAAGUUUAAAAUUGGGCAAAUGUUUCUUUUCAUCAGGCCCUUAUUUUCACCUGUAUAAGGAAGUGAAAUAUGUCUGCAGAAAUGCAGAUAUAUCUGCAAUUUGUUACCUUUUAUUUUGGAUUGGGAAACUUUGAACACUUAUGUCAGCUCCAGUGUUCAUCCAUCAAACUGCUUAUCUGCACUUUCUGACACUACAUGCACACUAUAAGAUUCUUUGUGUUCAGCUGUCUUCUAGAUGCUACUAAAAUGAGAUGAAGUUCUUCAAAGCUAUCAACGUGGUGUCAUAGACUAGCAUGUAGUAUAUACAAUCAGCUUCUUUCUUCCCUUUUAAAAAUCUGACAUGUAUAUAAACUUCAAGACAUCAGAAGUAACAGCUCUUAUUGUACAUACUGCUGUUCAGGAUGGACAUAACUGACAUAGUUCACACAAUCACACACACUUACCUUGUAGAAUGACAUAGAGAUUCAUAGUUCAAUAUUGUUUCUAGCUGACUUGCAAACUUGAUGUACCUGAACUUAAUAUAACAAAUACUGUGUAAGCUAUGUCCUAAUCAUUGAACAGUUUAUGCAGUGCUGCUUUGCCAAAUAAAAUUAAAAUCAAAAA